AUGGCGCGUCAUGCACAAGGAUCACAGGCGCUUUACAAGCGCUUCAUGAUGUUCUUGAUAGCUCAAGCUCUGCACAUUGCCUGUGAAAAGUCGCCGUCCAGUGAGAUGAUUCAUUCGAUGAUGGCCAAGAUCUCAAGGCGGCUCUGCAAGUUUGGGGAUGUUGACGAUGGAGCAUGGCUUCAUGUUAUCAAGGAUAUCGUCUCAUCAGCCUCUGGAAAGCUGAAGGAGAGAUGGGCCAAUAUUCAGCAACGAAAUGGACAGUCACUUGACCUUGAAACCUUGGCUGAGUUCAUAUUCGAAGAGCAUACCGACUUCUUAUUGCCCGAACUCGAUAAGUUUCUCGCGUCUAUACCCCGGCGUCAACAGUUGUCAAAUACUAAAGAAUUCAAGGCCAAGCCUAUUGCCUUGGCCCUAGAUCCUCUUACUAUCCCCACAGUCAAUGGCUCUGUCAACAGUGACAACAAGUCUUUUGAGCUCGCGGCUGUGGAGACUUGGAUGGAGAAUUACCUCGGCAACUGGCUUGAGUAUCACUUAAGCGGUGAGCAAUCAUGCCACGGUCUGAAGACACUGCUUGAGCACUAUCAUAUAAUUCCGGAGCGCAUGCUAAAGAUGCUUCUUACUGUCGGUGAGAUCUGGGUGGCUAUUCAUAAAAUGGCUGUCCACCACAACCCUCUGUUGUUGAAGUACAGAAAUGAGAUCCCUCGGGAGGUCUUUAGCGAUCUACUUCUCCAUUCAAAGACCGACAUGGAGCGUUUACAUCGGUUGGAAGAAUACCUCGAAGAUGCACAAUGCCCAAAGCUCCAAGAGAAGAAAGAACAGAUCGAGCGCAGUGCACAGCGCGAUCGCGAUAAGAAACUCAAGCAGUUUUGCGAACUCAAAGCAAAGUACGACGCUAUCAUGAAGAAGUAUGACGACAUGCAAUGCGAAAAGGUCCUUCAAGUCCAAUACGACGUGGAGUAUUACGUCCAUACCAAGAAUAAGUGCAGACGCUGUGCUCUCCCCGCCAAAGCAAAGAAGCUCAAGAUCAGCCCUCACGAGUGGCCUCUCCCAGCAGCUGAACUUGAGGCUGAAACGUCUGUUUUUGAGAUGGAUGUACCCGUCACUUUUGCCUUGUGGCUAGAUGCUACGGUUUACUUCUUGGAUAACAUCUUGAGAUUUGAAUCGUUUUGCGCUGGAGACUAUCCACGGGCGUCCUUUCCGUUGACGACGUAUAAGCCUCUCAGCCCCUGGUUCGAAUCGCAACGGCAUAGAGUCCAACUGCUCUCUGAGAUUAAACCGCACUCUCAGACACAUCGCAAUCAGAAAUCUAUCGAAACAUGUACUGAGGCUGAUAAAUACCUUCCUGGCUACCUUCAAACCGACGACCGAAAUGUCAAAGCGCUGCACUAUCAAACUUCCAAGCAGAGCUCAUGCCUUGCAAAGAUUCAUGGCUCGAAAAUGGGUUUGUGA